AUGUCUUCGACUCUUUGUCAAUGGAUUGAUGUGACCUAUUACCGCUACUCAGAUUCAGACCGCUCCCAGCAUCGCAGCUCCUACGCCACUCUGCGUCGGACACGGCGUCCGCCCCCGCCACAGACUACGACGAGUCUAGACGACAGCUUCGACGCGGUGACUAUGGAGGCGCCUACCGAGUGGAACGUGGGCACCGUCCAUCACGGCGGCGAUUACGAGGAGUCUAUUACCGGGUAUCAAAACUAUGUUAACGAGAUGGAGAGGAAGAUGAGUCGGGAGGACGAUUUCCAGCCGCCCGCCAACAAAUCGAUCGCUAAUACGAUCGGCCGCGCGACUCGCAACGUGUUCGGCAGCCUUGCUAGCGGGAAGGCCCUCAGGGGCAGCCCUGGUCAAAGGAGCAGCGCUGGCAUGGCAACUCCGGACAAUGCGAGGGUGGUCAAUGAACGCAAAGCAAAGGUCGAGCUUGUUGAAUCGCAGGUCAAGCAGGAUGGGCCCGAUCGUACCAUCUCGCUAUGGCGCGAGCGCGUCGCGGACAGCAGCGGCAGCGGCAGUCAAGCGGGCAAUUACGUUCGCAGUGAUGCGAACAACCACUCCCAGUGCACCAGAAACUCUGGAUCUGGAUCGCACAGGAGGACUAGAAGCGAGGGUCUUGUGGGACUCUACAGCAACUCUCCGAAUAACGGCGACAGCAGGGAUCCGCAGGCACCGAGGUCCAACAGGGUUUCGUUCGAGCGGACUGAGUAUAUGGUGGCGUACCAGCAUGCCGGUGAAGCAGGGAUCCCCACGCCAGUGUACGCGCGCUCUGAGCGAGGCAGUGUCAUUCCCCUCCAACCCCCUGCUGCGGCAUCCACGCCCAUGAGCCCUGGGCCCCAGCAGAUGGGCCAGACUCGCACCAUCUCGCCGGCGGAUAGGCGUUACGCAGGGCCGUCGUCUUUUGAUCGCUACGAGCAUAUGAUCACCUAUCCGCAGACGCCUCCCUACAGCAAUGCAAGCUCUGGCAGCUUGCAGGGACGUGGCUCCACGAGCCGCCGGCAGUCGUCCUCCGCGCAAAGCAGACGGGCAUCCGCACCCGUAGAUAUGCAAGACGUCGCGAGGGGACCGACGGCUUCGCCCGUUGAUCUCAUCCUGGCGUCGUGUGACCCCUCUUUACUGCACAUUUCACCGGUGCUGGCGGAGCUCGGUAUCCGGAAAGUGGAGCACCUCCGCGCGGUCGCACGGCUCAGUGAAGAGACGAGGGACAGGGAGGUGAAGGAAGAGGCAUUGAAGAGGGGCGUCACCGUCGUGGAGUGGGCGAUUCUCAUGGAUAAGCUGCAGAUCUUAUAG